AUGUACCGCAAUCUCAUUCCAACUUCCUCUACCAAAUUCAAUGCCAAUGCCAAUAUCAAUGCCAAUACGAAUACCAACUUGUAUCAUCUCUUCGCCGGUCAGCAAUAA